AUGGCGGUGGUGAAGAGCGAGGAGGAAUGGCGCGCGAUCCUGUCGCCGGAGCAGUUCCGCAUUCUGCGGAUGAAAGGCACCGAGUACCCUGGUACAGGUCAGUACAACAAGCACUACGAGGAGGGCGUCUAUAACUGUGGAGGUUGCGGCACGCCCUUGUACAAGUCCACCACCAAGUUCAACUCAGGGUGCGGCUGGCCCGCUUUCUUCGAGGGGCUGCCCGGAGCUAUCAAGAGAAACAUUGAUGCGGACGGGCGUAGAGUGGAGAUUGUGUGUGCGGCGUGUGGCGGGCACCUGGGGCAUGUGUUCAAGGGCGAGGGGUUCCCCACCCCCACGGAUGAGCGGCACUGCGUGAACAGCGUGUCUCUCACUUUCACCCCAGCUGAUGCGUAG